UGAACACGGACGUAGUUUUCGGACGGACCACAACAACAACAACAGUCCGCCGUUCGAGCUUAGCGAAUUGUCCGAUUCCUGUGCUGUUUCGCCGACUUUAGAGAAUUGCUCCUGCAUGUCAGCCCUGACGGUGUAGUGCUGGAGUCCUAGCAGACGGAUAAAUGUCUGAAUCAUCAGAGCUCCCUGCAAAAGAAGAAGAACAGGAGGAGGCUCCAGCCGACCCCGAGGUGCAGUCAGACGACAGCAGUGAAGACGAAGCUGCGGGAGACACAGAGAUGGACUUCCUGCGCAGCCUUUUCUCCAGUGCCAUGGGGCUGGGCUCGACAGAGAAGGUUCUGGAUGAGCUGUCUCUGGAGGGCGUGGCACGCUACAUAAACAGCGGCAAAUGUAAAAACAUCGUCUGUAUGGUUGGGGCAGGAAUAUCAACAUCUGCUGGGAUCCCAGAUUUUCGCUCUCCAGACACAGGCCUCUACGCAAACCUGCAAAAAUACAACCUGCCUUACCCGGAGGCCAUCUUUCAGAUCGAUUACUUUAAGAAACAUCCAGAACCAUUCUUCGCUUUGGCCAGGGAGCUUUACCCAGGACAGUUUAAGCCCACAAUCUGCCACUACUUCAUAAAGAUGCUGAAGGACAAAGGGCUUCUGAGACGAUGCUACACACAGAACAUCGACACCCUUGAGCGAGUGGCCGGGCUGGAAGGAGAGGACCUGAUCGAAGCACACGGAACCUUCUACACCUCCCACUGUGUCAGCUUCUGCUGCAGGAAGGAGUACAACCUGGACUGGAUGAAAGAGAAAAUCUUCUCGGACGCGAUUCCCAAGUGUGAAAAGUGCAGCAGCUUGGUCAAACCAGAUAUCGUUUUCUUUGGGGAGAACCUGCCGGCCCGUUUCUUCACUUCCAUGAAGAUGGAUUUUCCCCGGUGCGAUCUGCUCAUAGUCAUGGGCACGUCUCUGCAGGUGCAGCCCUUCGCAGGUUUAGUCAGCAGGGUUUCCAAAAGUUGCCCCAGGCUGCUCAUUAACAUGGAGAAAGCCGGACAGGCAGAUCCCAUGUUGGGAUUGCUCGGUUUCGGAGGAGGGAUGGACUUUGACUCGGACAAGGCGUACAGAGAUGUUGCUCACAUCAACACGUGCGAUGACGGCUGCUUGGCUCUCGCUGACUUGUUGGGUUGGAAGUCGGAGCUGGAGGAACUUGUGAAGAAAGAGCACACUAGGAUCGACAGUCAGGACAAGGAGAAGGCUGGGGAAAGCAAAGGAGCCGCAGCCAAGGUUGCCCCAGCUUCAGCUGAACCAGGAUUCAAAGCAGAGGAGUAAACUGCUGACGUGCAGCCUCGUUUGAUUAACAAUACAAAAGCGUUUUCACAGUUAAAAAUGUUUAACCAGAUGUUAAUAUAUGAGGGUUUGUUGUUGGGUAAUGAGGCUGGGUUGGGUUUCUGCUACACUCUAUACUCUGAUUUGAGGACGGCUUAUUGGAGUAAUUAUGCUUUCGUUUAUAUCGGGCUCUUUACUAAUAUUGUGAUGUUUUCCACAACCUUUAAUUUUCCCCACCUCUAGAUCACCGGUUUCCUCGCACCAAAUGAAUAUCAUUGUACAUAGCUUUUAGCCCCAUGCGUGGAAACUUGUCUCUGCCCUGCUUCUUAGCGUAAAUGACUCCUAAUAAUUGACGUGUCCUAACAAGCUGCAGCGCUGCAUUUAUAAGUAAGUGCAUUAACGAUUUCUCCCCCCCAAGCUAAAUUUGUUUCAUCUGAUAAAACUGUCACUGUUUCCGUCAGAAAAUUAACUUCCUGAUUGGUAAAAAUGUUGAUCAAUUUGAUAAAAAGUCUGGUAGAACCUCCAACUUGACCUUAUUUCCAUACCAUCACUGGCUUUUACUUUUGUUGAACUUUUAGUCAUUUAUUAUCUUUUCAUUUCUAAAACUAUAAGACAUAUUUUUAAAUGUAAUGUUCAUCAUGAAACAACAGAAAGAAUUGGGAUCAGUCUCGUCGGUCGAGCGCCACCUGGUUAAUUUGUUUUUUGCUGAAUGAAAUUAGAUGGAAAGCGAUGCAUGGGCAUGAAGAAAGGAAAAUGUAGAGAAAAAAAAACUGUUAUCACAUUUUUAAGACGAACUGAAUGAAAGAUCUGAGAGCAAAAACGUGUAAAAAUAUUUAAGUACUGACCUGGAUUCAAGUACUUCAACUUGUACUGAUUAUAAAAACCAAUGCAAAUUCCUGCAAUAAAUGUUCCCUUUGUUCAACUGAA